UAUUAUUAAACCUUUUAACUUCUAUGUGAAAGUUUUGAUGACAGGAAAAACUUAAGAAACUAAAGAAUUUAUUUUACUUUAAAAGUUCAUAGAAAGGUUUUGGUGAUGAAAACAUCAGUUUUUAUGAGGCGGAAGAAAUCAGGUCUAAACAACCCGAAACAUUUCUAUGACCGAGCUGCAGGUCAUCGCCAUAGCAACCUCACCAUAGCAACCUCACCAUAGCAACCUCACCAUAGCAACGCGCAUUCCUCCUAUGGUUUUAAUAAUACUACUGGAACAACGGGUGAGUUAAAGGUUCUGGCAGGUCCGGAACCUGCUGGGUCAGUUUGGAUCGUCUGGGUCCAGAGCUCCUCCAUCAGUCAGUUCACUGAGUGAGAGCCCACAGCACCUGCUGCCACCACCAUGCCAGGCUCCUCCCCGUCAUAGCAGCAGCAGCAGCUUUACCAGUGAACUGGUUUCACUGGGCCGUCUCUGGAGGUCCAGUUCCUGGCAGGCGGACCUUUGGCUGACCAGUUUCCUCUCUUUUGGGUUCUCCUCGGUUCUGAACACAAACUGAUUCUCAGCGAAGCUGGACUCUUCGACGGAGUCUUAUUUUGAAGGCUCGCCCAGCCGCUUCCUGUUUGGUCGGUAAUAUUCGGUUCUGGUUCGGCUGUCGGUGUUUUCAGGAUCAAAAUGACCAAACUGCAGCUGCUCAGCGCCUACCUGACGGAGCGGCUCACCGCCGUGGUGAAGGAGGUUCUGGACGUGGUGGAGGACACGGUGGCCCAGUACCGGGAGGAGACGGCCAGAACCCGGCGGGAGAACGAGAGUCUGCGGAGGCAGCUGCGGGACAUCCUGCUGCUGGAGGCCGAGACCGAGUGGCUGAGGUCGACCCAGGCCGGUUUGGGUUUCGUACCUGCAGAGCAGCAGCCUAGUGACCUGAAACCCAGAGCCCUCCUAGAGGAGCCAGACUCCUCCCUGACCCAGUUCAGACCUCCUCCGGCUUCAGUCCAACUUCUGUCGGUUCCGAAAGAAGCGACAUCGGCACCGACCCAGCUCCGGCCCGCAGAACUCUGGGAUCAGACACCGAAACCCGACCCGCUGCCGGAGGCGUUCCGGAGGACGUCUCCUCUCCUGGCUCAUCUGCCCCUGAAUCCUCCCCGGAUCCACGCUGACGGGCCGGCGGCGAGGGAGGAGCCACAGGCCCCGGCACCGGCACCGGCACCGGCACGGGUCAAAGCCGAACCCGAAGAAGCAAGCAAAGAGAGAGCAGCUGAGUCUGUGAACGCUCAUGUUGAGUCGGGCUUUGACUACACGUCUGAGAAAGAGAAGCUGCCGGCGGAUCAGCAGGACGCCUCCAGAACCGGGCCGUCCUCUCAGGAGACCCGGCCGCCUGAAGACGCCGCGGUCGCAGCCCUCAUCCCUGAGCUCGUACACCGCUGCCCCCGCUGCGGCGAGGCGUUCAGUCACAGCGCGGGGCUCCGCCUCCAUCUGGAGCAGAAGAGGAAGACCUACGCCUGCGACUGGUGCUGCAAGUCCUUCGCCCAGUCGGCCGAUCUGCGGCGCCACCUGCGCACCCACACGGGCGAGCGGCCGCACCGCUGCACCUUCUGCUCCAAGAGCUUCAGCCAGAGAGGGAACCUGCGGCGACACCUGCGGAUCCACACCGGCGAGCGUCCGUACAGCUGCCCCUUCUGCUGCCGCACCUUCAGCGACGGAGACACCAUGAAGAAGCACAAACGCACACACUCCGGGGAGAAACCGUACCGCUGCGGCCGCUGCGCCAAGACCUUCACCAGCGCCAGCGGCCUGCAGCUGCACCUCAGGAGGGACCUGUGCUAUGGAGCCAGCGCCUGAACGGAUGGACCGGGGCGGCGGGGCACGGACUCACUCAGAACCUUUCAGAACCUGCAGGAGCAGAACCUUCUGCGGACCGGAUGGGGUCACUGUUCAGGGAGUUUCAGAAUGAAUAAAUGUGGUGUGAAAAGAACGUUUUGGAUCCAGUCAGAACAGAACCUGACCGAGAGGUCUGGGUCCAAACACUAACCAGCAGCAGGUCCAAAUCCUGUUUGGAUCAGAACCAGGACUACGAAACGGGUUCUGGAUGUGUACCAGCUCCAACAUGUCCAACCUGGAGGGCUGCAGCAUUUCCUGAACCCAAUCAGAUAUUUAGGAGACAUCGGACCAGAACUGGACAGAACCGGUUUACACAGAAUCUCAGAUGCAACCGGAGCGAAGACGGGAAGGACUUGGGAGGCAGAUCCAGGUCUGACCAGCAGACAUGGAGCAAAUGUUCAUCAGGCCCAUCAGCAGCUUCCAGAGACCCAGCAUCUGCCAUGGAUCCUCCCAUGGGGAGCAGUGGAGUCCGACCCGCUGCUGGAGGCUCGGCAGGAACCAGAACCUCCUGAAGGUUCCCUGAGGAUCCUGACCUCAGGGUUUGGAGUCUCCGGAACCAGAGCAGCUCUGCUGGUUUGUGUUGAAGCUCAGGAUGAAAAUCUUUUCUGCUCGUCUUCCGAUCAGAACAUCUGCUGCUGAAUCAACAUGUGAAGAGUUGGACCGGAGCGCUGCCAGGUUCUGGAAGAAGGAAACUGUCAGCAGCCUGGAAGUAGCAGAAGCAGCGACAUUAGGCAAACCCGGCCUUUAACUAGGCCACAUCUAAUCUGCUCUUUAAUAAACAUCCAGCAGGUCUAAAACUGAACCGGAUCCAGUGAGGACGGUCCGGGAAAGCACUGCGGCCUGCAGCGCCCUGGGGUUACCAUAGCAACCGGCCAUGACAACCAUUACAUGACUGGUUGGACUGAGCUGUGCUAAACUUCCCAGAGAAAAAACUGGAUCAGGAAUCCCAGUGGUGAAAAUUUGAUCAUCAGAUUUUGGUUUCAUGAGAAAAAUGUUCAAUAAAAUGUUUAAACUUGAUAAAAAUGGUGUUAAUGUUUUUUCUAUGACACUUUCUGCCGCAUAUCAGACAUGAAGAAAACAAAAUGGAGAAUCGUCCGUUUAACCUGGAGAUAAAUGAAUGUUUAUGGAAUAACCUCAAAUCAACAGUUUCUCAACAUCUAAACUUGAUCUUUCAUGCGACUCGCUUUUGUCUUUUGCUCCAUUAAAUCAUAAAAAUGUUUCCACAUCGUCUCAGAUUUCUGAUGAUGAAACAUCCGGAGCUUCAGCCUCCAUGUUGCUCCGCCGACCUGAACUAAUCCAGCUGCCUGCAGGGGGCGCUGUGGACACAAACCCAGGCAGCGCGCAGGCAGAGCUGCAGGCAGGAUUUAUUGUCAGAAAAACCGCAGGUGGAAAUCCAGAGCCACGAUCCGACAUUCAGUCGUGCAGAAAAAGGAACCAGAAAAAUGUAAACACACCCGGAAGUUUCCGUUACCAUAGAAACAGAGACAGGACAU